GGUGCCAGUGGUGGUGGAGGAUACGAAGUCUCGUGCGUUUAGAGCUAGAGCUUUCUCAGUCGGACGUGUAAACUCGCGUCGAAAGCUUCCAUUGAAAGCUUCGUGAUAUAAGAACGUCAAGAUUUUACUAUAUAUCUAUUAUCGUUUCUUUUUUUGUUUUAUCAUCUCCCCUUCUCCUCGGCCUUGGCCCCCUCCACGAAGACUUUUAAAACGGUCUCUCUCUCUCUCUCUCUCUCUCUCUCUCUCACUAUGUUUUUGUCUCUAUCUGUGUCUCUGUUUCUUUCUUUCUCUUUCCCUUUCUGAUUCUCAUUCUCUCUCAUUCUCUCUCAUUCUCUUUCAUUCUCUCUCUCUCUUUCUCUUUCUCUCUCUCUCUCUCUUUCUCUCUCUCGUAUUCUCAUAAUUCGCGCCUAAAUCGAAUCGUCUAUUGAUAUUUAUAGGGAUAAAGAGAGAAAUGUAUAGAUAGAUAGUAAGAGGUAAAACGGAAAGGCGGAGGUUCCAGCCGGCAAAAUGGCGGCAGGUGAAAUUUAUAUAUAUACAACAUAAAAAAAGAAAGAGAGAGAGAUAGAGGGAAAGAAAAUUCGAGUUGCCCGUUUCCUGGGUGACCAUACGAGAUUAUCGAUCGCGGAUCCUUGAACGGUCAUGAGAGGAGGAAGCUCGAUUUUACAUUGGACUAGCGUGUCCAUCGCUGUUAGAUCAAGGUGGUCGAAGUCAAGGAUCGUUUUUGGUGUUAAUAUCGUUUGACGAACUGAAGAGAGGAAUCUAAACGAUCAUGCAUCUUCAUUUUGAGAAGAAUAACAACGCCAAGUGCGACUGUAAUAUACUCUCGCUCAGCUGGAUGGGCAAAGUUCCGGACGAAUCACCCGAGGACGAAGGAUGGAAGCUCGAUCGUACAAAUUACUAUCAGGAGGGUUGGUUAGCUACCGGGAAUGCUCGUGGUCUAGUAGGAGUGACAUUUACCACUUCACACUGUCGUACCAGAGCAGCGGAACUUCCUUUACGAGCAAACUACAACCUCCGUGGUCAUCGUAGCGAAGUAAUAUUUGUGAAAUGGAACGAGCCAUAUCAGAAGUUAGCAUCAUGUGACAGUUCAGGUGUAAUCUUCGUUUGGAUAAAAUACGAAGGAAGAUGGAGUAUAGAAUUGAUAAAUGAUAGGAACACACCUGUGACGCAUUUCUCUUGGUCUCACGAUGGUCGAAUGGCUCUUAUAUGUUAUCGAGAUGGUUUCGUAUUGGUCGGCAGUGUUGGUGGACAAAGAUAUUGGUCGUCUAUGUUGAACGACAAAGCUACGAUAACUUGUGGAAUUUGGACACCGGAUGAUCAACAGGUUUAUUUUGGAACAACGGCUGGACAAUUGAUAGUGAUGGAUGUGCAUGGUGCAAUGGUAUCGGAGGUACAAUUGGCAGCGGGUGUUACCUCAAUGGCUUGGAGUGCCGAAAAAUUUACGAUGGAGGAAGGUGACGAAGAUGUUACAAGCGAUAAAUCAAGAAGGGACGAACGUAAUUACAUAUUAGCUGUUUGCCUUGCCGAUGGUAACAUAGUUAUGCUUCGUUCCUUCGACGACGUAUCACCAAUAACUAUACGUACAAAUUUAAAAACACCUUUACACGCAGAAUGGAGUAAUUCAAGAAAGUUAUUAGCUAUUGCGGGAACGAAGGAUUCGGAUUCUCUUCCUCAAAAUAAUUCAUUAGAAUAUACGAACCUAUUAAAGUUCUAUUCGGUUAACGGUACCCUCGUUUACACGACAGUAAUUCCAUACACGCAGUGCCCUGUAUCGGCGUUAACCUGGGGUCAUAACGACAGAAGACUCUUCGUAGCCACUGGUGCAAGAGUACAUGCGGCAUGGGUCUCCAGGAGGGUCGGUUCAUUGCAGUUGCUAUCUAGAUUAGCAGUGAGGGCAGCCCUCACAAGAGAAUCCAGUGUCCAACAACUUCCGUUACCAUCUAGAUUAAGAGCAUCGGUAGCUGCAUUGUUUGCUAGUACGAUACGUUUUUUUUUCCCUCCGUUUUCCUUUUCUUUUUCUUUUCUUUUGGUUUUUUUUUUUUUUUCUUUUUGUUUCUUUUCCAUUAGGUGUCCAGUACCAGAGCCAAGAGAAUUAAGACGUUUUGUAUCUAGGCCACCAGCUGGAAGUGGAAGAUUACAUUGUACAAUGCUUAGACAUGCCGUAGAACCUAUACCUUGUUAUACAUUAUAUUUAGAAUAUUUAGGUGGUUUGGUACCAUUAUUAAAAGGUCGAAGAACCAGUAAAAUCAGGCCAGAGUUUGUAAUAUUCGAUCCCCAGAGUCAAGACACUUUACAAUUAUUCGACGAUGUAUCACAAUGUCCUUCCUUCAGCGAUGGUUCUGAUACAGAAAGAGAUACCGCAGAUUUAUGUGGUUCCCCAAGAAAUCGUCGAAAAAAUAGAAGAAAGAAGGAAGAAAAGGGCUCAGAGGAAACUGAUGAUCUCACUUACGUCGACACUUUGCCCGAGCACGCUAGAUUGGUCGAAGUAACGUCAAAUAUUUGGGGCACGAAAUUUAAAUUCCACGGCUUGGCAGAUUCUGUACCAGCUAACUUAGGUCAAGUUACUUAUCGAACAUCAUUGUUACAUUUGCAACCAAGGCAAAUGACAUUGGUGAUGACGGAAUUGAGAGAUGAUUUACCUGCAGGUCCAGAUCCAAGUUUCAACCCUAAUUUAUUUUCCGAAGACGAGGAGGAAACAUUUCAGGAUCUUCAGGGAACUUCUAGAGCAACGUCGGAAACUCAGCCACCUCCGAUAGCUCCUAUGACGCCGCGAAACGCACGACUGAAUCCAAAUCGUCCAAAGUCACAAAUCUCAAAUCAAUUUUUAACCACAGAAGCCUUACCUGCCUCUUUGGCACGCGUCGAAAAUUAUGAAAACGAAUUCCCAUAUGUAGAUCUUCAAGAGAUGACGAAUUUGUAUGAGAAUAUAAGAAGCGCACCUACGAAUACUUAUCGUACACCACCUAGGCACAAUCCACCUAGAUGUUGCGACGUUCCAGCUUUGCAAUCGCCUAAAAAUGCAGUCGCGCCGACACAAACUUUAAUAGCCACGUCGAAUACAGGUACCGAUUAUUCGAGUAAUAUUCAAAGAGUUAAGACGGCAUUGGCCGAUCAACAAAAUACCGGUAUGGUUACGAAAAAGGAACUCGAAAAUAAUAAGCUCAAUCAGAUAUCUCAAGAGGACAAAUCUAGCCUAAAUUCUGGUUCGUCCAACAUCAUUCCAACGUCCAUGCAUAACGGCCAGGUACCAUUAGCCGAAGCAUCGAGCUCGCAAAACUCCAUAUUAAAUAAUUUGGAUGGUGGUAACGAUUGUUCCCAAUCACAAAUGAUUUAUAUGAAUGGCUUGAACAUCAUGACGUCAUGUUCGAGUAACGUCCUAAACUCAAAUCACUCGAACAACGUGCAACAAAGCUGCCACGGUUUCUUACAUCCAAGGAACAAUCAAAAUAAUGGGACUAACUUGAGCAUAAGCCCAUCGCAAAGUAAUUUAAAUCCAUUUUCAAAACAUAAUAAUGGCUCGAACGGUUCGUCCAGUUUAUUACUUCCGUCUACGUGUUCCUAUCAAUUAUCAGAUAAUUCUGAUCACGAACAAUCGACUUCAUGUUCGCCGUGUAAUUUGAAACAACAAAAGGAAAUGAAAUCUCAGGGUAGUUAUGGAAAAAUCAAUGUUUCUAAUCAAUCAAACGGAAAGACAGAAGAGCUUCGUUUUAUCGACGAAGAGAGUAAAGCCGAGGCGGACAUUGAACAAUUUCGUGGUGUUCAUAGGACACCAACGGUCGUUAGUAUUGGUCCACUUUGUUCAAAUGAUUCAAUAGUAAGAAGUUGUAGCGUUGGAUAUUUAGAUCUGGUAGACGUUCAUCAGUUGGUUCCUUGCGAUGUUGCCUUGAAAAUGUUGAGAAAGGAAGCGCCUAACAAGAGAUUGGUAUUGGUUUCGAGAAAAACAAAAAGAAGGAAAAAGAAUAGACCACAGCACGAUAUUGGACAACAAAAUAGUAAACCACCGAGACUUCGUAAUUGUGGUAAAUCGAAGAGUUUAGACUCCAGUGAUAUAUUCCCUAGUAACGAACUUAUAACUACACCUCCUCAAUUGCCUGAACACCUUGAGGAAGCAUCGAACGUUGUUAAUAAUUCUGAAAAUGUAACGGAGGAGAAGUGCAGUGAUUUGAAUAUAGUAGUAUUAGGAGAGAUUAACAACGAUACCGUGAUGGAACGUCAAAAAAAGAUACUUCAUGGUAACGAUGAAACUUACGUUGAGAAACCAUGUCGAUUGGAAACUUGUGUGUCUCCUGUUAGGGGUUCUAGUCCAAGUGGUUCUUUGGCAUCAUCAUUGGACGGUCUUGCUGCAAGACUCAAAGAUUUCGAUGAGAGUCAUUCUUUACCACCCCCAUCACCUCGUCCAUCCUCAAGACUGCCAAGAAGUUCACCAAGCAGUCCGGCACCCUCGAAGAAAGGAAAAAGACCAGCUUCGGCUUCGCCAAUCAGAAGGAGGCUAUUAUCGAGUCCUUUGUUAAACAGGCGAACGCGAAAAAGUCGUGGCGAGAGUUCCGAUGAGGAAGGAUUAAUACAGGACGACUCGUCAUCGAAUUAUCGCGACUUGGAAACCUUUCAGAAAGCACAGCUACGUCAGAAAUUGAAACAAAGGGGUGCUGGAAUGUCUAAUGGUCAUAAUAAACAGGAGACAACUAGACGAGAACUUGUGAUGCACAAUAAAGCACCAAUGUGGAACGAAGCUAGUCAGGUUUAUCAGCUUGAUUUUGGUGGUAGAGUAACACAAGAAAGUGCUAAGAAUUUUCAAAUUGAAUUUAGAGGGAAACAGGUGAUGCAAUUUGGCCGGAUAGAUGGAAAUGCCUACACGUUGGAUUUUCAAUACCCUUUCAGUGCAUUGCAAGCUUUUGCUGUUGCCUUGGCAAAUGUUACGCAACGGCUCAAGUAACCGUCACUCCCCAGUACCUCGUUCGAUAUAUAUCUCUACGAAAUUUGGAGUAUGAAUAUUAACGACG